AUGGCCGAGGAUACCCCUGCUGUCUCCAGGACAGAAGCUGGCGAGGCGCCUGUUGAGCGCGCUCCUUCUGCAGAGGCCAAAACUGCGCCCGUGGAAUCAGCUCCAGAGACAUCCAAGGAGCAAGAAACAGAGAAGGUCAAUGGCACCCAGGAAAAGACAUCCGGCGAGGCUAGCGUAUCUGAGGAGAAAAAAGAAUCGACGGAUACUCCGGCUGAAGAGUCCAAGGCACCUGUAGAGGCUACUGACGCGAAGGAAUCGGAAGCGACCGCCGCGGCGCCUGCAGAGUCCGAAGCCACCACAGCGCCCGAGGCUCAGGAAGCUCCUCCAUCUUCCAAGAAGUCUGGAGGCUCGAGGCGCAAAUCCACUAGCGGUGUCCCCGAACAUAAGUCCAAGCUGAACCGAAAGAAGUCGCAAGCUCGCAUGACAAAUUUGCACGCGAAGCCCGGCGAGUACUAUCUCGCGCGCCUGCGGAGCUUUCCUCCCUGGCCAUCUAUCAUCUGUGAUGAGGAAAUUCUUCCUCAAACUCUACUGAGCACGCGUCCAGUGACCGCUAUGCGGGCCGAUGGCACCUACAGAGAAGACUAUGCAGACGGAGGCAAGAGAGCUCAUGAGAGAACUUUCCCUGUAAUGUUCUUCGAAACAAACGAGUUCGCGUGGAUUCCCAACACAGACCUGACUCCGCUCGAUCCCGCCUCCUGCAAAGACGUACCAGAGAAGGGCAAAUCGAAACAACUUCUUGCUGCUUAUGCCGUAGCCGCAGAAGGUCACGAUUUGCAAUACUUUAAGGAUCUGCUGGCUGAUCAUCAGCGCGCAUUGCAGCAGGAGUUGGAAGAGCAGGAAGCUCAGCAGGCCGCCAAGGAAGCGGCCAAGGCCAAGAAGAACAAGCGGAAGAGCAUGGACGUUGUUGAUGACCUGGAGGAUAUUGACAUGGAGGAUGCGGACGAGCCCAAGAAGCCAAAGAGCUCGAAGAAGCGUAAGAAGGACGCAGAAACCGAUGGCGAAGCUGAGAAGCCUGCUAAAACACCCAAGACUGCCACCAAGUUGAAGUUGACCACCCCCAAGACCCCGACAAGCGAGACUGAGAAGAAAGCCACUGGCGCCAGCAAGGCUAAACAGACAGCAAGCGGCAAGAAGACUGGCAAAGGUGCCGUCAGUGACGAGGGCGAGGAGGAUGCUGGCGCUGCGCCGAAGGUGCCAGAAAAGCAAGUAGACCAGGGGGAAGUCAAGGAAAGAAAGCAGAAAGAAGUUCUCUUUGUUCGCCACAGACUCCAAAAGGGCUUCAUUUCGCGUGAUCAACCCCCCAAGGAGGAGGAGAUGACUACCAUGUCUAGCUACUUUACUAGACUUGAGAAGGUUGCUGAUGAUCUUGAGGUCUCGAUCAUCCGUGCAACCAAAAUCAACAAGGUUCUCAAAAUGAUUGUGAAACUUAACUCUAUUCCUCGAGAUGAGGAGUUCCAGUUCCGUCGCCGUGCUAUCAACAUCUUGUCCAAGUGGAAGAAUGUGCUCGAUGCCGAUACCACGACAACACCGGCCGAGCCAAAGGCUAAUGGAGCUCACAAGGAGGACAGCGUUGAAACGCCAGCGAAGACUGAAACCGAAGGGGAGAAAGAGGAAGAAGAGAUCAAGCCAGCCAAGCAAGAUUCGGUGGAACCACAAGACGAGUCAAUGGCUGAUGUUGACGUUGCUUUGGAGAAGGCAGAAGCUCCUGAACCAGCCAAGGAAGCUUCCGAGAAAGAAGUUCCCAAGACUGAAGAGGCGACCGGUGCCAACGUGGCAGAGGAGAAGGCGACCGAGGAGAAACCGGCAGAGGAGAAGGCAGAAGAGAAAGCUGUUGAAGCAGCAGCGUGA